UUCAACAGAGUUUAUCAGCUUUUACGCUCAAUUAAGUGCGACUUCUAAGACAGAUUAUUAGGAAUACAACUUGGAUUUAUUCUGUGUGGGAACUGUUUUGGAUUUAUUAAUCUGUGUGGAUUUAUUCAAAGACAAUAAUGGGAUUACUACUUAGGAUCAUUUCAACGGCUUUACUAAUACAAGCUACUUUUGGAGUCAGAGUGAGUUUGGAAAAUGGACAAACAGGAACUGCAAUUAAAACGGAAGUACGUGGCCAAUCAGUUUUAUUGAAAUGUAGUGCAACUGCUUCUGUGCAGAGCGGGGAACCAAGUCUUGAAUGGUUGUAUUCUACGGUUCCCAACUCCGCUGGAACGCAUAUAUAUUACCAAAAUAAGAUUGUUGAUGGACUCGCAGACAGAUUCACACUGGAGAACCCAUAUUCUAUCGUCAUUAAAGAUCUUGUUUCGGCAGAUACAGGCUUCUACACAUGCCGAGUGGUUAUCCCAGGAGACAACCCGUCAGUCGGUUCAGGAAUGUAUAACUUUACUGUUUAUGUUCCACCUCAUCCUCAAAUAUCCUGCGGUUUCCCAAGCGAUCUCAAAAUCACAGUUGGACAUCAGGCAUCAUUUCAUUGCAGAGAACAGGUCGCACAAGCUGUACCUGCCCCUGCCUACACCUGGUAUAAGAAUGGCAUCCCUAUGCCGCUUGCACCAGGGAAUGACCCACGUUUUUCUAACUCUAGUUUCACCUACAGUUCAGAGACUGGAAUUUUGACGUUUUCGUCUGUCAAAGCCGGUGACGCGGGAACUUACCAAUGUGAAGCGAAAAAUGCAGUUGGAAGUGAAAAAUGCAAUGCAGCCGAGAUUACAACAAAGGAACAAGACAUUGGUGCAAUUGUUGGAAUUGUCUUCGCCGUCAUCUUCGCUCUUCUGCUCAUUGGUGUCCUCGUUUGGUGGACAUGGAAGAAAGGAUACUGUGAUGGUUGGUUUGAUGAGAAAGAUCACGAUGAAGAAGACGCACCAGAUGAUGGCGCUAAUGAUAUCAUGCUCGACGGAGCGGGACCUCUCGUCACAAAAGAACCAAGCGAAUGGAGCAACGGUACUUCUAAUAAGCAAGAAGCCUCGAUGAUGAUUUAAAUCAGAAGAAACUUUUCACAACAAAUUUUUAACCUUCAAAUGUAUUUCUACGACCUUGAGUCAGUUCUUGAACUCAAAAUGUCACUUUGACCUUGAAAAGACUAUUUCUGCAACGGGUCAUUUUGACCUUGCAAGGUCAUUUGUCCAAAGAUUCUUUUGACCUUGAAUGGUCAGUCUUUUUGACCUUGAAAAGACACAUUUUUCAUGCAUUGGUAACCUUGCAAGGUCAUUUGUCCGAAGUCGUUUUGAAUUCGAAAGAAACUCAUUUUCAUGCAAUGUUCUUUUUGAUCUUAAAUAGUUAUUUUGACCUUGAAAGGUCAUUUUGACUUUGCAAGGUCAUUUUUUUGAAAAUGGUUUAUUAACCUUGGAUUGUCAUUUUGACCUUGAAAAGUCAUUCGCCCUGGAAAGGGGACUUCUCCAAAUGACUUUGAGAAAAUUAUUUUGAUUAUUAAGAAAGUUAAAAGGUCAUUUUUGUGGGACAUUUGACCUUGCAUGGUCAGUUUGACCUUGAGAAACCAAUCACUAAUGACUACAAUGAAUUAAAAUGUCCAUUUUUAAAAUUUAUUGACUGUAUUUUAUGCCACUAGGGCCCGUGUUAUCAACAUUAUUUUCGUAUUCUAACUAUAUUUUCUGAGCCUAUUAAUUACUAUUAUUAUGUCAUUGAUAUGUUUAUAUUCAAAUUAUUUGAUUUCUUGUGUCCAGAAAUUUUUUGUUGAAAAACUGCAAAAUUUAAACAAUUAGAUUAGUUUAUUACUUGAAACUGUAUGGUUAAAAAAACUAAAACAGAAUCAAUUCAAGAGAAAGGGAGAUAUUUAGUUAUAAUGGGAUUGAAAUCUUGGAAAAGCAUAUCUUUGAGCUUCUGCCCUCACCGUUUACAAUAAGUUAUUCCUUGCAGGACAGAAUUUCAUCAGUAUCACAUCGGGGUGAUCUGUUUAUUUGUGAAAUGUUGAGUUGAAAUGAAUUAUUUAAGAAUCUUUAAUAGUCAUUUUAUUCACAAUUUUUGGAGAUCACCACCUAUUAUUUUCACUUUUCGUAUAAACCAUACUCAACAUGCUAAUUUUUUUUUUUGUAUUUUUAUCUUUUCUUUUUGUGAUUAGAACAUUAUACAAUAAAUUGAAGUCAAUAGUAAUAUAGUGAAGUUGAGUGUAUCUACCCCCAAAAAAAUCCAUCAGUUGUUCAUGUGCUUGGUAUUAACUCACUAAUUCUUUAUUUUUCGGAGAGUUCACCCCCCCCCCCCCCCUUUAAAUUGAAAGAAAGAACUCUAUAUUGUUACCUCUGUCAGGGAAUAAUAAUCCGUGUCACCCUUACCUUUAUAAACACUAUUUGUCGCCACGCUAUGGUACAUUAUUCACCCUUUUGUCUGUUUUAUGUUGUUGUUCGCUAUGCAUUGUUUGAGCUUGUGAGCCUAUCCAAAGAAUGCCUCUAAUUCUUCGGUAUAUAAGUUUAUAGUUAAUUCAUAAAAUAAGAUGCAAUGUUAAUUUCAAUCUACCGUAAAAUACGUCACAGCUAAUUUUUUCACAUCGAAUUUUUCCGUAAUGGUUUUUAAGUAUCAAUAGUAAGCAUUGACAUCUAAAUGUAACAAUUGUGAUUCACCGAAUAUUUACCAGAAGUGUAUGAAUGAAGUCGUAUCCUGAAAGGUUAAGGGAAUAUACAGGUGAUUCAAUAAAAAAAAACGGAACCCAUGUCAUUUGAAACAUAUUAUAGAAUCUAGAGAGAUAAUAACUUAAUAACAAAUCAUCCUAGAUUUCUGCAACUCUUGGGUACAAUCAUACACAAUAUAGGUGUUGAAUAAAUUUUUCCCCAUUUUGUAAAAGUAAGUAAAAAGUUUAAAGGUUCUAUUUUGGGGUAACGCUGUAUAUUUAUGCUCGAUUACAUUUAGGCUAUGUCAAAUCUUUAAGUAUAGUUUUAGAUCUAUUGGAAAUGAGAUAUGUAACAAGUGAUAAACAUUUAAAUAACUAAAAUAAGUCUUCUUUGCAUAUAUCUUUCUAUCAAUGAACAAAUGAAUUUUUACUAAAUUUUUCUCAAAAAUAAAUAUUUCUAUGCUAAAAUCAUCCCAUGAAGAUAGUGACAAUUCAAGAAACAAUUUUAACCAUAGAAAAUGUAAAUUUCCGGCAACACAAAUUACCAUAAAACACCUUGGACAAAUAUUUUAAAAUGUGGUAACCCUAAAUUCACAAAAAAAUUGAUACAACAAAUAUACUUUAUUCAUUUUAACAUUCAAUGAAUAGAAAUUUAAGUAUUAGGUCUGAGUGAUAUUCAAACAUCAAACCCAGAUGUAACCAUUGCUUUUAGAAAACGUCUGAAUCAUUUUAUAGCCGUUCAAUUUCCAAAAUGUUCUUUAUUCACGCUCGUUAAACAUUAGCUCGAAUAUUUUUUGUUUGGUUUAGGGCGAGCCUCUUGUGUCAAUACAUGUAUGUAAUACCGUAGGGACUGAGUGGGCGAGAUUUCAUGAGUUUUUAAUGAGAUAAAAUGUUUCAAUAUUCAUUACAUCGGGUUCCUUUUACAAAUUAAGGCUUUUACACUAUGAAUUAGCUUUUUGCUGAUUUUGUGAAAUGAAUCAACGAGACAGAAAACCAAGUUUAUUUAGGAGUUGGAAUUUUUUUUUUAAAUCUCAACCUUUUUCUUAAAAAAACACUUUAAUAGUAAAUGAAUUAAUGUUUUCUUACUUAGAGCUUCUUACUUUAUCUGAUUUUCAAAAUGAAUGUAACAAAACAGUUAUUACGGUUCUAUUCUUCACUCAGAAAUAUACCAAAAUAUUCAAUUCAUGGUAUCUUUUGAAUAAUCAGUGUUUCUCAAUUUUUAAUCGAUUUUUGACGGACAUCCGCCUUUCAUUUGGGAAUUUUGUUCUUCUGAAUACAAAUCAUUUUACUUAUCUCGUAAUUUUCUUGGUGGAAACAGUUCACGAUUAAAUUCAUGGGAUCUUUAAUGAAUUGGUGCCAUUUCAUAAAAAUUCUAUUUUCGUCGUAUUUUGGAAGAGUUUAAAUUAGACAGUUAUUACUUGUCUGUAUUGAAAAUUGGAUUUUAUGAAUAUAAGGCCUAACACAAUUUUUUAGAAAUUUGAGUUUACUCUCAUCCAGCUGAUGCUGUAUUGUUAUAAAUUCAAAUCCAAGGUCAAAUAGGGGUAAGAAGGUCAUAUGGGUUGGCAUGCCAAAGUCAUUUUUUGUUUCUGCAUGUUUCUGUUCACAAGUUUUGUUUUGCAAGCAUUUGGAAGGUUAUUUUAUAUUUUGAUCACAAAAUUAUGUCCUAAAACGUUUUUAUUUUUGUUUUAAAAAUAUGCAUGAAUGGUUAUUCAUUACAAAGAAAAAGUAUGGGGAUCCUGUCCUGUAUAAAUUCAAAGAAAUAACAGCAUUUUUUUUUGAUACACUCGCAGUAGAAGUUGUAAGACGUCGUCAAAUCUAAGUCCCAGAAACUUUGUUUCGAUUCGACAGUCAAAAAGACUUAAAGCUUAAUUCCUUGUACCACUGGGCUCAAUUUUUACCAUAAAAUAUUGGAAUGAAACAAUGUCAUAAAAGAUAUAGGAGAGCAUUAAUUACCUUUUUGAUUUGUAAGCUUUUGAAUAAGUAUUACAGCACAUUGACUGGUUAUUUUUACAUUCAGCAUGUUUUUUCAUUUAAAUAUGAACAAAUAUUUUCAUGCAUGUUCUCUCACAUUUUUCAAAUUCUCACAAUUUAUUUUUUUCUCUUUGAGUUAAUGUGUUUUCAUUUUUUGUUUUGCAUGCCAACCCACUCACCGACCUAUCAAUAUCACAUGACUCCAACUGACCAAUCAACAUUCAUGAAAAAUUUGAACCGACCAAUCAACAUGCAUGAAAAUUUGAAUGAACCAAUCAGAACUCUGUACGCUCCUCUGGUCGCAAUAUGCCUGAUGGGGCAGUUAGAGUUAUGCUUUAAUCCCGAAAAUCGUAAGUUUGGUGGAAAUUGGACAAAAUGAAAAGAAAGAUUUUGAUAAUUCAUUUUUAAUUGAUAUUUAAAAAAGCGAUAUGCACAAUUUGAGGUCUCGUUGUGGAGAAUUUCCAUUCGGAAUCAUUUAAAUUGUUUUAAUCAAGUAAUAUGUUUAUAUUUUAAACACCCUUCAUCAUGAAUUGUUCAUUUCCAAUCAAAGUUGAGUUUUCAUUUGUGUUUGAAGUAUUUUGGGUGAAUUUUUUUGUAUGCAGAAAAAAUAGUCAAAUUGGCAGCAUUUUGUGCAUUUUAAUCAGGUUAAUAUUAUUCUGCGAAUCAAACUACUACCCAGUCAUUGAAUCUCUUUUGGGCAUAACUGCAUGUAUAGUUGAAAUUUAACCUGAAAAUUAAUUAACUGAAAAGAAUUGCAUGUGCUUUUGGCAAA